AUGGAUUUGUAUCUGAUUGGAUAUUUGAUGUGUGUGUGGUUGUCCAGCUCACGGGUGCUUGGAGGCUAUCCCAUCUGGUGGUCCCUGGCCCUCGGGCAGCAGUACUCGUCUCUGGGCUCCCAACCCAUCCUGUGUGGCUCCAUCCCCGGCCUGGUGCCCAAGCAGCUGCGUUUCUGUCGCAACUACAUAGAGAUAAUGCCCAGCGUUGCCGAAGGUGUCAAGCUGGGGAUCCAGGAGUGCCAACACCAGUUCAGGGGCCGGCGAUGGAACUGUACCACCAUUAAGGACAACCUGGCCAUCUUUGGCCCUGUGCUGGAUAAGGCAACCAGAGAGUCAGCGUUUGUCCACGCCAUAGCCUCAGCAGGCGUGGCGUUCGCAGUGACACGCUCCUGCGCUGAGGGCACGUCCACCAUGUGUGGCUGCGAUUCCCACCACAAGGGACCUCCUGGGGAGGGCUGGAAGUGGGGUGGCUGCAGUGAGGACGCGGAGUUUGGGGUGCUGGUAUCCAGGGAGUUCGCCGAUGCCAGAGAGAAUCGUCCAGACGCGCGCUCGGCGAUGAACCGACACAACAACGAGGCAGGACGCACGACCAUCCUUGACCACAUGCACCUGCGCUGUAAAUGUCACGGCCUGUCAGGAAGCUGCGAGGUGAAGACGUGCUGGUGGGCGCAGCCGGACUUCCGCAUACUGGGCGACUACCUGAAGGACAAGUACGACAGCGCGUCAGAGAUGGUGGUGGAGAAGCACCGCGAGUCACGAGGCUGGGUGGAGACGCUGCGAGUCAAGUACAACUUCUUUAAGCACCCCACCGAGCGUGAUCUGGUCUACUACGAGGGCUCGCCCAACUUCUGCGAGCCCAACCCGGAGACCGGCUCCUUUGGGACGCGCGACCGAGUCUGCAACGUGUCGUCACAUGGCAUCGAAGGCUGCGACCUGCUGUGCUGCGGCCGCGGCCACAACACCCGGACUGAGAAACGCAAAGAGAAGUGCCACUGCAUCUUCCACUGGUGCUGCUACGUCAGCUGUCAGGAGUGUGUGCGCGUCUAUGACGUUCACACAUGCAAGUGAGAGAGGCGUGUGCUUUCAGACAAACUGAGUGCUGGACUACAAGCGCUGCCCACCCGCCCUUCAACUCCCCGGAUCCUGCACGACUUCCCUGCCUCCCCAGACUCUGCAUCCCACACAGAAACAUAUUCAUCAGCACACACACUCAGGCCCUAAUGGGUAAUGGCACAUCAGUAAUGGAUGCUUCUGUACCUUGUUUUUGUAAAAACCCUGAUCUAGAACCUGUCUUCCAAACCACUACACCCAUUUCCAUAAUCACUGACCAGAACGUGUCCUGUGUUGACCUGACUGAUCCAGUCCGCUCUCAUGGGAAGAAGCUAGACUUGUGCCACUUUCCCUGCAGCAUCGGGCCCCUCCCCUCCCCCUUGUCUUUAUUUAUUUCCCCCUCCAUGCCAACACGAUGUUCGCGGCAUGUACAGUAACACUUUUUACCUGUGAGAUUAAUGCAGUAAGGAAAAAAAAAACAAAAACAACAAACUUUCAGACUCUCUUUGCUUUUGAAUAAAAAGCAUCUUCUAACUAACACCUCACUUCUCCGGCCAGUCUGGUCGGUUUACCUUUUGUUUUGUUUUUUUAAACUAAAUCAACCUCUUCGCCAUCACUUAGUCGUAAGUGAUACUGAACAUGUCGGCAGCCCCAGGAAACCAUCACUUUGUAACUACUGAACCGAACUGAAAACAGCAGGCAGGUGUUGGAAGUGCCGCAGCCCUGUCUUUUGUUAACUACUGAGCUGAUGAAAUCCUCAGUGUUGCUUCUCCCCGCUGACUGAC